GGUCGUGGCGCUGCCUUUGAAUUCCUCGUUGGUGACUCACCCGCUUCGAGCUGUGAAACGCGGCGCGUUGUGGCGGGGCCGAGCUGGGAUCGCCGCUUCCCUUGGGCCGCUCCGGGCUCAGCGCGUGUGAAGGGCGGCCCGGCCGGUACCCGGCCCUUAUAACGCUGAGGAGCUUCCAUGUGUGCUGAGCUGGGCAGAACUUUGGGGUUGUUUGGUGUCUGUAGGUGUGAGUUGGAAGGCUCGGGCUGUGCUGCGGUGUCACAGUGAGCGCUGGGCCCUGCUGACAGCACGGAGCUGGUUCGGAUCCACUCGGUGCUGGGGGUGACCCAGCCGGGUGCAGCUGUGUCCCAUGGGCUGCAGGGCAGAGUGCUGGCGGUGGGCUCUGAGCUGGGAAAGCUGAGUGCAUCAAACACAUGGGGACACGCUGCCAUUCACAUCUCUGCUCAUGAAGGGACUCGUGCUGAGGGAAACAGCGACAGAUGGUUGGUACAUGGAGUUCUGCUCACGGAUGUUUCCCUGCAGCUCUUGUGUCCCGGCUGCAGGAGGGCCGGGUGGAUACUGGUGCUCUCCAUCCCAGGGUAAGCAGAAAUAGGAGCUUGCAGUGCUUGCCAUCAAACCAGUGGAACAGGAGGUGUCUGUAACAAACCUCACUGACAGCACCGGGAGUCCUGCACAGCUGGAGGGCAAUGGGAGCCAUCAGGCCAUGGGAGCACCAUGCAGAGGAGGCAGCACCGUACAGAGGAGGCAGCACAGUGUGAGGAGCAGCCCAGCAUUGCACCUCCUGCUCUGGCUGCUGCCCUGCAGCCUGUGCUCCUUCCCAGCCCGGAGCUCCUCGUACCUCCAGGAAGUCUUUUCUCCUCUCUUUGCGUGCGCAGUGUGUGAGUUAAGGACAAGGGGCGUGUGCUGAGCGCUGCAGCUUUCUUUUCUCAAUCCCUACUGAGACAAAGCGAAACUUCUCCCUCCCGUCAGCACGGAGCUGCUCUGCGCUGCAGUAACAUGCUGUGAGCUGACGCUGCUGGGAACGGAACCGCCUGAGUUUGGGCUGGAGCCCCAACGUGGCAGCCCAGCCUUGUCCUGCUGGAGCUGAGGGCAUUGUGUUGUGUUGGUGGAGUCCCCAAGUCAGCGCUGCUCAUCGCGCUCUUCUCAAUAAGGAAGUGGGAAACCUCAUGGAGACGACGUGAAAUGUCAACAUGAAGCAGCUGCAGCACACUCAGAUUGGGAGAGCAGAGCUGUGUGCAAUGCAGGACACUGCUGGGGUGGGAAGGGGCAGCGGGGAGCUGCUGGGGGGAAGGUGGAAGGAGCAGGAAGCCCCGCAGCACUGCUCUGUGCCCCGCAGCCCCAUGCAGCUCCCAGCGGAAGCCGUCAGCUCUGUGCCGGUGCUGCCGCAGCACAACUGAUACCAUGUCGGCUUUCGUUCUGUACAACUGCACUUUCUAUUUUACAGCAGUGAGAACUGACGUUGGUUAACGGGCUGAGAGCUGCAGCCUUCCUCAACAACCCUUCCCGCUGCCAUCCAGGGCCCUGCGUGGAUCGGUGCUGCAGCGCUCGCCUUCACUUAGUGCCUCGUUACCUGACCUCUCCUUUUCCUCUGGCAAAGCACGAGCCCGUGCACACAUCUGCAGGAGGAAGGAAGGAAGCCAGGGGUACUGAAAUCAAGAGUUGAGUCUCAGUGAUGUGGAUGAGCCAGAGGAGGUUCUGAAAGCAGCAGAGCUGGGACCCGCAGCGCCAGGGGCUGUGAAGCUGUGAAAUGGCAGUGAUGGGGAUUGUGUGCCAUGGAGCUCCCGCUCCGCCCACCAAGCAGCAGCAGGAGCUCAGUGCCACCAAAGGGCUGCACGAGGCCGCCAGCGAGAAGCAAAGCAGCGUUUGCAAAGUGGAGGAUUCCAAGAAAGCCAUCUUCCACAGCCAGUGGAAAAUCCUCAACGACGUCAUCACCAAAGGAACAGCAAAAGAAGAAACAGAAGGAGGCUGCGCGUCCAUCUCCAUUAUUGCCCAGGCAGAGUGUGAGAACAGCCAGGAGUUCAGCCCCACGUUGUCAGAGAGAUCCUUCAUUGCCCACAGCAAACGUUACAGCCGCUCAGACAGCCUCGAUCAGAUCCCAAACAAUGUGGCCCACGCGACGGAGGGGAGGAUGGCUCCCACCUGCUGGAGGGGGAGGCAUCGUGGUAAGGCGAGGAAGAAGCGUCACAAGAAACGAUCCAAGCUGAAAAUACAAACAGUGGCUGCUGGCAGACGGGGCCCCAGAACUCCAGAACAGGAGAGCUGCACUCCCAUUCCCGUACAGGAGGAUGAAACACACCACAGUGCUCUCUACAGAAACAGCUUUUGGUUAUCAGAACUGAACAAGAACUGGCUUUACGAUCCACCCCCGUUUCAGAAACCCGAGAAAGUUCUGUCCGCAGGCAAACUCAAUUCAGUGGGCAGCCAGCACAAAACUGACCUGCACAAGCUGAUAAGCCCUGUCCAGUGCCUUAAUCAUGUCUGGAAGCUGCACUACCAGAGGGACAACGUCCCUCAGCCUGAAACUGUCCGUCCUUUUCCAUACAACAUCCUGCCCCCUCCAUUCCCACAUCUGGACAGUCCUAUCCAUCCCAUGAAGCUUAAUGCUCUGGAGACAUAUUUCCAUCACGAUCUCAAUUACCCAGACAGUGAGCAUCGCUUGUCUGGCCUGAACUUGGGAUUCAGCUUCCCCAAGUGCGUCAGCCAGUCCAUGAAGAGCAGCUUGGACAAGGUUUCUGUGGAAGAAUACUUGGUGGACGCCUUGAAGGGCAGCGUGAGCCUCGGGGAGCCGCAGAACUUGGCCAGCCUUGCCAAGACGUGGAGGGGAGGCGGUCUGGACCUGAAGGAACAGCUUCAAAAGGCAGAUGAGAAUGAAGGCGUGCUGCUCACUGAGAAACUGAAGCCGGUGGAUUACGAGUACCGAGAAGAGGUUCACUGGACCAAGUGCCACGGCUCUCUGGGCAUCGGCUCCUUUGGAGAAGUGUACAAAGUAGAGGACAAGCAGACGGGAUUCCAAUGCGCUGCCAAAAAGGUGCAGGUCGAACACUUCCGUGCAGAGGAGUUAACGACGUGCGCGGUGAUAACGAGCCCUAAAGUUGUGCCGUUGUAUGGUGCUGUGAAGGAGGGACCUUGGGUGACCAUCUUCAUGAAGCUGAUGGAGGGUGGAUCACUGGGUCAGCUAAUUAAGCAGAGCGGCUGCCUGCCCGAGGACAGAGCCCUCAGUUACCUGGGGCAGGUGCUGGAAGGCCUGGAGUACCUGCACGCUCAGAACAUUCUCCAUGGAGAUGUGAAAGCGGAAAACGUGCUUUUGUCUGACGAUGGGAGCAGAGCUCUGCUGUGUGACUUUGGUCACUCUGCUCACCUCCAUCCUGACGGCCUGGGGAAGUGCUUGGUCACAGGGAACUACGUGCCCGGCACGGAGACACACAUGGCUCCAGAGGUGGUGCUGGGGAAGCGCUGCGACUCCAAGGUGGACGUGUGGAGCAGCUGCUGCAUGAUGCUGCACAUGCUGAACGGGUGCCACCCCUGGACGCAGUAUUACAACCAUCCCCUUUGUCUGAAGAUCGCGAAGGAGCCGCCUCCUCUGAGGGAAAUUCCACCUUCCUGCAACCCCCUCACUGCUGAGAUCAUUAAAAUGGGGCUGCAGAAGGAGCCCGUGCAGAGGGCGUCUGCGUCCGAGCUGAGGACCAAGGCCAGCACUGCGCUGCAAGAAGUGGGAGGUGUGACGAGCCCCUGGAAAGGCGAAUACAGAGAGCCCCGGCGAUUGGCACUGCACAAAGAGAGCAACCCGCAGACAUCCCUGCCCCCUGCAGUGAGCCCAGCCUCGGCCGCUCCUGACCCAGACCCUGCAGCCCGAGGCUGCUGUGCCAGCCCUGCGCCUCCACCGGCCCCGGAGCGAACGCAGCAGCGCGAGGGAACCCGCUGCAACCCCAGCAGGGAGCUGCCCCGGAUCUGGGAUCCUCCUCCUCUCUCCUCCCCUCCCCUCCCCUUGAAGAGCUGCAGCCACACGGAGAGAACGACCACCAUUUCUGAACAGGAGCUGCAGCAGCUGGAGAUCGAGCUGUUUCUGAACAGCCUUUCUCAGCCGUAUUCACUGGAAGAGCAGGAACAAAUGCUUUCGUGUCUCAGCAUUGACAGCCCGUCUGUGUCAGACGCCAGUGAGAAGAACUCCAUGAAGGCUUCCCUCAGCCUGCGGGACACCAUGAGCUCCGGCAUCCAUUCCUGGAGCAGCCAGACAGACGGACAGAGCUUCAGCUGGAACAACGUGCUGAGCCGCAGCCGCCACACGGACACCCCCAGCUGCUUCAACGGAGUGAAAAUCCAGAUCAGGUUGUUGAGUGGAGAAAAUUUACACAUCAGGGAUUUCCACAGGACGAAGGUGGGAGACAUCGCCACUGGGAUAAGCAGCCAGAUUCCCGUCCCCGCCUUCAGCCUGGUGACGAAGGACGGCCACCCCGUUCACUACGACAUGGAAGUCCCCGACUCGGGCAUUGAGCUGCAGUGCACCCUGGCCCCGGACUGCAGCGUCAGCUGGGCGUGGAGAGUCAAACACGGGCAGCUGGAGAACAGGCCGUGAGGCCGCUCCUGUUGGAGAGGGUUUUGUACCUCGCUGAAACGUGGAAUUGCAAAAGCUUCCAAGCACCCCCUGCCAUGGAGCACCACGUGCUGGAGCCUGGUGCUGCAGUAGGAUAGUGGCUCAGCACGGUGCUCUCACCUCGCCGCCGUUCCGGCCCCUUUCAGGACAUGACCUGAAGCGUAGAUAUUCCCCAGAACAGUGGGGCAGUGCUUGUUUUGGGUGUGUUACAUUGAGCUUGAGAAUGGGAGGUGGCAAUUUCUGCUCUUGAGAGGAAUACGAUUGUGCUCAUCAGGAGGAUGUGGAGGCCGGGUGAGAGCUCCCAUUGCUCAGCAAAGGGAAGCCAGUUGUUGCUGGGCUGGAAGGAGGCUGUGUGUCCUCAGAGCACCCAGGGGAGCAGGUUGGUGUCCUCUGAGCUGCAGGAAGGCCGGGACCUGGCUGCAGGCUGUGGGUGGCAGCAGCUCUGCCUCAAGAGAAGACACAGCAGUAACUGCCGGGGUUCUGGUCUCACCUUCCAUGCAGACCUUUCCUUCCUGAAUCACAAAAGAGCUUUGUUUCCAGAAUGAGAUUUGCUUGCAGCUCUCAUCUGCCCAUCUGCUCCUGCUGGAGGAGCACGGCCUGGCUGGGCAGAGCCACGGCUGCAGCCCCACGGCUCCACUGCAGGCAAUGGGGCAGAGGAAGGAUGUCAGCUCAGCCAACCUGUGCUGCCAGAUUCCAUCUCUCCAUCCCGCAUCCAGCUGUGGAUCCAGCCCCGGUUCAGCCCCUCCUCACGGGCUGGGCAGCAGAUGGGCUUUUGUGCCUUUAUUUCUGGGGAACUUAAUGACUGAUUUGUGUGUUUCUAUUUUGUGUGUUGAACCCACGUGUGCCCAGUUCGGGUGGGCAGGUGCUGCUCUCCCUUUGCUGACAGCUCUGGGCCGGCGGUGAAGGGAAACUCACUUAAAGCAGCUGAUGGAGCCCUGAUCCAGCUCUGGAGCUUUGAGCUGUGCCCCACAGCUGCUCCCUCCAGCUCCCACCACCCGUGGCAGCGUUGUCCCCAACCGGAGCCGUACAGCUGAGCUGCUGUAGGAAAGUGGAACUCUCGAAGAAAACUCAAACCCAUCCCCUCUGUGGGUUUAAUCCCUUAUAGCACUUUUUUGUUCUCGAGCACUUAACCCGCUGUGUGAAUCGGGCUCCCGGCUGUUCUGAACCUCAGCCCCCCAUGGAAGCAUCCCAAUAACCGCGAUGCGUUUCCCGGCGCAGCCUGCAGAGCUUCACGCCUCCCGUACAGCAUUAACGCCGCUCCGGGGGCUGCGGGUGCACAGCGGGGCCGAGCGGGGCUGGGGGGGUGAAGGUGACCUGCAGCUUCACCGGGGAGAAAUAAAAGCUGGGGAUGAAGAAAAGAAAGGCGGACCACGGGCUGUCAUUGCUGCGCCGGCCCCGAGAGCAAGUGGAGCCAGCACAAAUUGCCAGCAUUACCAGCACCGCUCCGCACUCGGGUCGGUUUAUUAGCAGUUCUGCUUUAACAGGCCCUCGGUAUAUAAAAAUACUGCCGUAUCCAAAGGAGCGGUUAAUGUUUUACAUCUCUGGCUUCAAGGCAUUUAUAAGUUACGCAUUCAUAUUCCCAGCCCUUCCCCAGGAGCAGCGUUAGUUACAGCGGGGAGCUGCGUUCCGGGCAGCCGGGACGGGGGCAGCGGGGAACGGAGCGGAGCCGGGCGCUGCGGGGGGAGCAGCAGCAGCAGCAGCAGCAGCGCUGGGUCCAGCCACUGUGAACCCACGGGAGCGCCGGGCCGUGCUCCUCCAGCACGGAGAUGUUAAGGAAGACGUAGAAAGUGAGCGUUAAAACAGCACCCCGCCAGCUGCUGGGGCUCCCAGGUGGGAUGUUGGCAGCAGCUCCGUGAUGGGGGCACAGCCGGCUCUGCAGAACGAGCCGUCCAUGGGCUCCGAGGGACGAGAGGCACCGGCAGCGCCGCUCCUGCCCGGCGGCAGGAGGUCAAAGGCACCGGCAGCUGAAGGGCGCAGCGGGGCCAAGAGCCGCCCCGAGCGCUGAGUGCGAUGCGGCAGCUCCGGGAAGCAGCUCGCGGCGCUGCCCGCUCCGCCCGCCGGGAGAACGAAGCAAGCGCUGGGGCAGCCCCGCGGUGUGCGGGGCCAUGGGGGCGAUGGGGGCCAUGGGGGCGGACGGAGCCGAGCGGGCCCCGCUCCCACCCCGCGUCCCGGCGCGGCUCACAGCGCCAUGUCCGCCGUUGCCUGCAGGCUCUGCCCCGCCGCCCGCUUCUUGGCGCUGCCGCGGCCCUUAUCAGCGCGUCGGUACGGGUUGUUCCGCAGAUCUG